GCAGCGGUGCCUGCUGGAAAGCGGCGGGCUGGCAGGCGGGCGCGGGCAGGCGGGGGGCAGCGCACGGCCACCGCCACCAGAUCAAAGCGCAGCGCGCCUGCCUGCCAUCCCAGCCAGGCCUGGCUGUGCUCGGCGCGGGAUCGGGGCCAUGAGCCCCCGGGGGCGCCGGGCCCGGGGAGCAGCCGCUGCCGCCGCCGCCACCGCGAGCAAAGGGGCGGAAAGAAGCGGUCGGCGGGCGCGGUCGGAGGGCUUCCCGGCGGGGGCUGCUGCUGCCGCCGCCUGAGCGCAGCCCGCGGCAACGGAGCGCGGAGGCCGCCCGGCCGAGGUGGGGGAGCAGCCCGGGCCGGCCCCACCCACGUCCCCACCCAGCCAGGUCUGGGAAGCGGAAGCGGCGGCGGGAGAGCAGCAGCAGCAGCGGCAGCGGCGGCAGCAGCAGCAGCAGCGCCAGCCGCCCAGCAGCUGCCGAGGCUGCAGCGCCGCGCACAAAGCAGCAGACAUGAGCGAGUCGGUGGUCUGCAGCACCCGUGCCACGGUGAUGCUUUACGAUGAUGCCAAUAAAAAAUGGGUCCCGGCAGGAACUGGUGCCCAGGCCUUCAGCCGCAUCCAGAUCUACCACAGUCCUGCCAACAACAGCUUCCGGGUGGUGGGCCGCAAGAUGCAGCCAGACCAGCAGGUGGUCAUCAACAGUCCGAUUGUGAAGGGGCUGAAGUACAACCAGGCCACACCCAACUUCCACCAGUGGCGGGAUGCCCGCCAGGUCUGGGGGCUCAACUUCAGCAGCAAAGACGAUGCCAGCCAGUUUGCCAAUGGCAUGAUGCAUGCCCUGGAGGCCCUGGACACGGGAAACUUGGCACCCCCCCUGCACCCCAUCCAGAAUGGCCCCACUGCAGAUGAACUGGCAGAGCAGCAGAAAAGGCACCAACAGCAGCUGGAGAAGGAGCAGCUGGAACAGGCAGAGCGGGAGCGACGGGGGCCCAUCGGAGUCCCACAGGUUGCCCCUCCAGCAGGCGGGCCUCCGCCGCCCCCGGGACCACCUCCAGCCCCCCCUGGGCCGCCCCCUGGACCUCCAGGCCCACCACCGGGAGCCCACAGUGGCCCUCCCGCUCCUCCUGGGCCACCCCCUCCACCGGGCCCACCGCCUGGCCCUUUGCCCACAGGAGGGGGGCCACCUCCACCCCCAGCCCCUCCCCUCCCUGCUUCCCUGGGCCCCGGUGGAGGGGGCGGACCACCCACUGGCUUGGCCGCAGCACUGGCUGGAGCGAAGCUGAAGAAGACGGGCAAGGAGGAAGGAGCAAAGCCCACACCUGGUGGAGGAGCCCCCCCCAGUGCUCCAGGGGGAGGGGGCCUGAUGGAAGAAAUGAGUGCCAAGUUAGCCAGGCGAAGGAGAGUUGCAGAGCAAAGUGAGAAGGCCAUUCCAAAGAAGGAGGAAGGCCCUUUGCACCAAGAAGAUGCUGAUGCCGCUGGUGCCAAGCCCACAGAUGCCUUCCGGAGACCUUGGGAGAAGUCCAGUACGACGUUACCCAGGAUGAAAUCUGCUGGAGCCAUGACGGCCGGGGAGCCCGCGGGGGGCGCAGGGGAUGAAUCUGAGCUGGAGCGGGUGAAACAGGAACUUCUACAGGAGGUUCGGCGGGAACUACAGAAGGUCAAAGAGGAGAUAAUCCAAGCAUUCAUCGCGGAGCUUCGGAAAAGGGGGUCCCCUUAGCCCCCCGAACCAGCCGGUGCCACCCAGUCAGCAACCUGAUUCUCCCUUGUGCGCAGAAGAGAAUAAAACAGAAAAUCACAAAGGCCCCCUCCUCACCUUUCUGGCCCCCUCACGCACCAGACAAGCCCCACACACCCCCUUCCCCGUCGGCUCCCACUGUGCAAUUUUGGGGUGGGGGAAGAGGGACUGGCCCGUGCUGGCCCCCACCCCAGGAAGGGCAGGACCCCCACCUGUGCCUUACCAAGAGCAAUAGCAGGACCCUCCUGACCCCCCCCCAAGGAAGGAAGCGGGCUCUUUCCCUGGUGGAAGGGGCUCCUCCCUCCCCAGCCCAGGAAGGGCCAGUCCCUCUGCUCCCCCUCCCCAUUUUUGGCUCUUGGACAAGAACUGUGCUUGGUUUCCUCCCCACCCGAGGGGCGUGUGCUGCCCAGCCGAAGGAGGGACUGGCGAAGGGCCCUCACUUCUUGCAGCUUGGAAGGGCCAGGCUGGGCAGUUCUCCCGGGUGGGGGCCCAUCUCCUCCCUCCUCCCCUGGGAGCAUUUCAGGGCCCCCUCCAUCUUCCUCCUGCAGAAGAGGCGGCAUAAGCGAUGGGCAGAGUGAUGGAGAGCCGUACCCUGGGGCUGCACCCUGUUGCAGCUGGCAGGGGAGCCUCGACUGGGAUGCCCCGGCCAGCCCCUCCAGUUAGGAGCGCUACUGCUCUGGGGGGGGGGACAUGCCCCACCUCCAAAGAUGGCGCUCUUCUGGGCAAGGGAAGGGCCCUGUCCGUCCCGUUCCCCCCCCCCCCCGCUUCCCAAGACCCUUUCCGCAUUCCACGUCUUCUGCUGGUUUCACUCAGUUUUGUAACUUUUUGAUUUUAUGCAAGGGGAGAGGGCCCUUUUUAGGAUAUUUUUUCUCAAAGGCCCCCAUCCCUCUGGGUCUUUUUAAAAAAAAUAAACGGUUUUUCUUCUCCCUUCUACCUCCUUCAGGCCAUGGAGGGAAACAGGGCGGGUUCUUGGCUUUUCUACUGAGCUGUAAUUUUUUGACUUUUUUUUUGUCAAGCUGGAUAGAAUAUUAUAUUUUGAUUUUAUUAUUAUUAUUAUUAUUAUUACUGAUCUGCUGGGUAUCUCUGCCCGACCUCUUUCCACCCUUCCGCCUCACCGCACGCAUCGCCUGCAGACGGGCACUAGGAUCUCGGGCACGUCCACCAGACUUCUCUUGCGAAUAAAUCCUUUCCUUUUUUGUAAAGUUACAAAGCG